AUGCAUUUCUCAGCCAUGCUCGCCACUACCCUUCUUUCGAUCCUCACUUUAGCUACAGCAGUGCCUGUUCUUGAGGCUCGACAGACAAUUGACCCCCCUGCGAGUUACUACCUACAGACGAAAGUGGUUAAUGGCCAGCACAAAGACAGCGGCACCAACAAGACCGACUUAUGGCUCUACUCCUAUCAUACCGGUGCUGGUCUAGGAGAUGCCGCUCUUUCAUCCAACAAGUCUUGGGCGUGGGAGGGCUACCUGAAUGGGUCGCAGCAACUGUUCACCUAUGAGAACAACGAGAUUGGCCCAUGGCCGUUGGCCAUCGGCUACGGGACCUACCAACAAUGGGGCCCUGUCACGAUCAGUAUUGCCGAGGGGGCAACUGCCGGCCAAGGAUUCUUUUUCAAUUCGUCUGGUCUUCAGUACAAUCAGAGCAUCGGCGGUUGGCUUGGUGAGGAUGACCACUUUCAUCUUGAUAUUGCGUUGGGCUAA